AUGCAGCUGAGGUAUCUGAAAAACCUCCAUCCGCCCGAUGAGGGCAUGUCAAAGGUGACCUCGAUUUCCUGGAGUGCCAACACCACCAGGCUUGCGACAGUGGGAGCGGACAAAAUUGUGCAGCUCUUUGACGAGCAGGGCGAUAAACAGGAUCGUUUCCAAACGAAGCCAGCAGAUAAAGCGGCUGCUAGAGCUUACACCGUGAAGACGAUCGAGUUUUCGCCGGACGGCACCAAAUUGGCAGUGGCGCAGAGCGAUAACAUCGUGUUUGUCUACAAAUUGGGAGCUGAUUGGAAGGACUUGGGUCUGGCUCCAGUUGAGGAUUUGUAA